CAGCUCUUUUCCAAUCUAAGGUUUUUUGCAUUGAAGUUAAGAGAUCGAAGCAAUGUCUGAGAAGAUGGAAGCAAUGGGAGGUGACAAGGGAGGUGUAUUCGACGAUGGUGUUUUCGAUGGUGUCAAGAAAGUAACUGUCGGACAAGAAUAUGAUUGUCUGUCUUAUAUAAAGAUCGAAUACGAAAAAGACGGAGAAUCUUUUACCCGUGAAUACGGGAAGAAGGGCGAUUCACUAGAAGAGUUUGUUGUGGGAUAUCCAUACGAAUUUAUCACAUCAGUUGGUGGAACCUACGGAUACAGUUACAACUUUGACGUAAUGGCGAUUCAAGUGCUAGUCUUCAAAACUUCUUCUGGGAGAAGUGUUGAAAUAUCUUGCGACAAAACUUUAUAUUCGGGGACAGAGUUCAAGCUCGAGGGUAAAAAUGGAGGAAAACUUAUUGGUUUCCACGGGCGCUCUGGUGAUGCUAUUAACGCCAUUGGUGCGUAUUUUUUUCCAGUGCCCGCACUUACACUAGAAAAGGUUGAAAGAGUGGGUGGUGACAAGGGAGAUGUAUUCGACGAUGGUGUUUUCGAUUAUCUCAAGUCAAUUCAUGUCGGAAGAGGCUCUGAUUGUCUGACUUAUAUCAAGAUUGAAUACGUUAAGGAUGGGAAGUCUGUAACCAAAGAGCACGGGACGAAGCGCGGGAAGAUAUACAAUGUUUAUUUGAAUUAUCCAAAAGAAUGUAUCACAGCCAUUGGUGGAAGCUGGGGUUAUAGUGAGGACUAUACGGCAGUGGUGAUUAAAUCGCUAAUCAUCAAAUUUUCUGAGGGAGAUUCUUUUCAAAUAUUCAACCAGAAUCGUUCAAUGGGGGAUAAAGAAUUCAUGCUCGAGGGUAAAAAUGGAGGAAAGUUUCUUGGGUUACACGGGCGCUCUGGUCAUGCUCUUGAUGCCCUUGGUGCAUAUUUUUCGCCAGUUCCCGCACCCGUACUAGAAAAGACUGAAGCAGUGGGUGGUGACAAGGGAGAUGAAGUCAAAGUCGGCAUUUUCGAUGGUGUCAAGAAAAUAAUUGUCGGAAAACACAAUGAUUGUGUAUCUUAUAUCAAGAUCGAGUACGAAAAGAGGGGAGAAGUUAAAUCCUCUGAGCACGGGACGAUUCACGGGGAACUAAACGAGUUUGUUGUGGAUUAUCCAAAAGAAUGUAUCACAUCCGUUGGUGGAAGCUAUGGUCAUAGUGAUGAAUAUAAGGCAGUGUUGAUCAAAUCUCUAUUCUUCAAAACUUCUUAUGGAACAACUUCUUCAACUUUUGGCGUGCCGAACUCACCUGGAAAAGAGUUUUUGCUCGAGGGUAAAAAUGGAGGAAACCUUGUCGGGUUCCACGGGCGCUUUGGUCAGACUAUUGAUGCCAUUGGAGCAUAUUUUUGGCCAGUUCCCGCACCCCAAAAGAAGGAAGCAGUGGGUGGUAACAAUGGAGACGAAUUCGACGAUGGUCUUUUCGAAGGUGUCAAGAAGAUAGUUGUUGGACAAGAUAAUGAGUGUGUGUCUUAUAUCAAGAUCUACUACAAAAAGGAUGGAAAAGUUGAAACCCGUGAGCACGGUACGGCUAGCAAGACACAGAACGAGUUUGUAGUUGAUUAUCCAAAUGAAUGUAUCACAUCCGUUGGAGGAAGCUACGGUCAUGUCGGGCAUUAUAACGCAGUACUGGUCGUAUCGCUAUUCUUUAAAACCUCUAAAGGAAGAACCUCGCCAAUAUUCGGUCAGACUAAUUCAUCUGGAAAGCCAGUCGGAACGGAAUUCUUUUUCGAGGGUAAGGAAGGAGGAACACUUCUUGGGUUCCAUGGACGCUCUGGUGAUGCUAUUGAUUCCCUUGGAGUUUACGUUUGAAAUGCGAAUGGGUGAUGGAUGCGGUAAAUGGAGGAACUUAAAGGAUGAAAGUUACGAGACUGGUGACUAUGUGUGUCGAAGUUUUUAUCACCAAUAAAAGACUUAUCUACUCUUUCGUUUUAUUUUUCUCUUCAUUUUGGAUUGCAUUUUGUGUAAGCAUUUUAAAUUUUUGUU